UUUUCUUUACCUUCUACAGACACUCUGACUGAUGAGAGUUAAAGGCCAUGGAUGAAGAUGGGCUUGAAUUGCAGCCACAUGAGCCAAAUGCAUUUUUUGAUCCAACAGGAGCUGAUGCAGCACAUAUGGAUGGAGAUCAGAUUGUUGUGGAAGUACAGGAAACAGUAUUUGUUUCAGAUGUAGUCGACUCAGAUAUAACCGUGCAUAAUUUUGUUCCCGAUGAUCCAGACUCUGUAGUAAUCCAGGAUGUCAUUGAGGAUGUUGUCAUCGAGGAUGUUCAGUGCCCAGAUAUCAUGGAGGAGCCAGAUGUGUCUGAAACUGUCAUUAUUCCUGAACAAGUGCUGGACACAGACGUAGCCGAAGAGGUUUCUUUGGCUCAUUGCACUGUCCCAGAUGAUGUUUUAGCUUCUGACAUAACAGCAGAAACAAUGUCUAUACCAGAACAUGUGCUGACAAGCGAGUCAAUGCAUGUCCCUGAAGUUGGACACGUUGAACAUGUAGUUCAUGAUAAUGUUGAAGAAGCAGAUAUUGUCACCGAUACUCUGGGAACAGAUGUUGUUUCUGAGGAAGUCUUGGUGGCAGAUUGUGCAUCAGAGGCAGUGAUCGAUGCCAAUGGAAUCCCUGUGGAACAUCAAGAUGAGAAGGGCAACUGUGAUGAUUACCUUAUGAUUUCCUUGGAUGAUGCUGGUAAGAUAGAACAUGAAGGUUCUGCUGAAAUUACCAUGGAAGCAGAGUCAGAAAGUGGCUCUUGUAAAGUGGAUGGCAUUUGUCCAGAAGUCAUCAAGGUCUAUAUAUUCAAAGCAGAUCCUGGAGAAGACGAUUUAGGGGGCACAGUAGACAUUGUGGAGAGUGAGCCAGAGAAUGACCACGCAGUUGGAUUACUCGAUCAAAACAGCAGUAUUCGUAUUCCAAGGGAGAAAAUGGUUUACAUGACUGUAAAUGAUUCUCAGCACGAAGAUGAAGACUUAAAUGUUGCAGAAAUAGCUGAUGAGGUUUAUAUGGAAGUCAUUGUAGGAGAGGAGGAUGCCGCAGCAGCCCAUGAACAGCAAAUUGAUGACACCGAAAUUAAAACUUUCAUGCCCAUAGCUUGGGCAGCAGCUUAUGGUAAUAAUAACGAUGGCAUCGAAAGUCGGAAUGGCACUGCAAGUGCUCUUUUGCACAUAGAUGAGUCAUCUGGACUUGGGAGGUUGGCCAAGCAAAAACCAAAGAAAAAGAGGAGACCUGAGUCCAGGCAGUAUCAGACAGCAAUAAUCAUUGGCCCUGAUGGUCAUCCGUUGACAGUCUACCCCUGCAUGAUUUGUGGAAAGAAAUUUAAAUCUAGAGGUUUCUUGAAAAGGCACAUGAAAAACCACCCGGAGCACCUUCUUACUAAGAAGAAAUACAGAUGCACAGACUGUGAUUACACUACGAAUAAAAAAAUAAGUUUACAUAACCACUUGGAGAGUCAUAAGCUGACCAACAAAACAGAAAAGCUUAUUGAAUACGAUGAGUGUGGGAAAACCUUUUCUCAUGCAGGAACUUUAUUCACUCACAAGAUGGUGCACAGGGACAAAGGAGUUAAUAAAAUGCACAAGUGCAAAUUCUGCGAUUAUGAGACGGCGGAGCAAGGGUUACUGAGUCACCACCUUUUAGCUGUCCACAGCAAGAACUUUCCUCACAUUUGCGUGGAGUGUGGCAAAGGGUUUCGCCAUCCCUCGGAGCUCAAGAAGCACAUGCGGAUCCACACUGGUGAGAAGCCCUACCAGUGCCAAUACUGCGAGUACCGGUCUGCCGACUCCUCCAACUUGAAAACCCACGUAAAGACUAAACACAGUAAGGAAACGCCACUCAAGUGCGAUAUUUGUUUCCAGACUUUUUCAGAUACCAAAGAGCUACAGCAGCAUACGCUUAUGCAUCCGGAAAGUAAAACACAUCAGUGUUUGCAUUGUGACCAUAAGAGCUCAAACUCGAGUGAUCUGAAACGACACAUAAUUUCAGUCCACACAAAAGACUAUCCUCAUAAGUGUGAUAUGUGUGAUAAAGGCUUUCACAGGCCUUCGGAACUGAAAAAACACGUGGCGGCUCACAAGGGUAAAAAAUUGCACCAAUGCAGACAUUGUGACUUUAAGAUCGCAGAUCCGUUCAUUCUGAGUCGCCACAUACUCUCAGUUCACACAAAGGAUCUUCCUUUCAGGUGCAAGAGAUGUAGAAAGGGCUUCAGGCAGCAAAAUGAGCUGAAAAAACACAUGAAAACACACAGUGGCAGGAAAGUUUAUCAGUGUGAGUACUGUGAGUAUAGCACUACAGACGCCUCAGGCUUCAAACGGCAUGUUAUUUCCAUUCACACAAAAGACUACCCUCACCGGUGUGAGUAUUGCAAGAAAGGUUUCCGAAGGCCUUCAGAGAAGAACCAGCACAUUAUGCGACAUCAUAAAGAUGUUGGGCUGCCUUAAAGUCCUUUUCACAGACUUAUGGCUGGAAUUAUAAAGGAAAUUUGCCCUUCAGGCAGUUAGCUUAUUUUAAAGCCAAUCACCUGCGAUCACACCCAAAAAAAAAAAAAACAAAAAACCCAACAAAAAAAAAAUACUGUGCAUUUGAUUUGUUGCUGUAUAAAAAUAGGAUUAUUGCUUCUAGUUGACUUUUAUACCUUUUGUUCAAUAGCGUGUUCUGAAUUCUAUUCAGUUUGUUUAAUAAAUGAAGAAAAGAUGGCAACAAUAAAGUUGCAUUUAAUAAAGUAAACCCUGUCUCUUACUGAAUUUUUCAAUCGUAAUAGUUUAUUUAGAUCUAUUUAUCUUACUGACCUCGUUGAUACUCAGUGUCCAUGUUAAUGCAGUUUUGUCAUGAAUUUUAAAAAUAUGACAUUUCAAUAAAAUUGUCAGAGGUGUGUAAAAAAUGGGGAAUUGUCAUGUUGACAGUAAAUGCACUAGGGCCCACCUGAUUGUCUUGUUUUAACUAUACAGACUUUGUGGCAGGUUAACUAUUUUCUAUUUGAGGAGUUACAAAUCUCACUUUGUUGCAGAAAAAUAUUUGUGUUUUAAUUCUGGUUUCAGAGAGAAAAAAUAUUUAAAAAGUGGUUUGGGGAGGUUAUCUUUCUUGGAUGAAUUUAAAAGUAUACUCAAAUAGUACAUUUAUUGUUCUGUGCUUCUUUGAAAGGUUUUGUGUGUUACAAAUGAGUUGGGUUUUUUUCGCUUUACUUCUGUCUUAAUGUUGGAAACGUAAAAUACUCGUGUUCCAUUUGCAGAGUUAAUACUAGAUCACAACUGUCUGUAUGUGCCGGUAAAUGUACCUCAAACUUUA